UAUUUGAGUCCCCAACCAUAUCACUUGAAAGUCACUCACGCUUGUAAUUAACCAUGGAACUCUUCUUCUCACAUGAAUCACUCAUCUUCAUCCUCUCCCUUAUCUUCCUCUAUCUCUUCUACUUUCACUUCUCCACCACAUCAAAAAAACACAACAACAAUCAUGGCUUCAAAACCUACCCUCUACUUGGAACCUUACCUGAAUUCAUACUAAACCGCCACCGUUUCCUCGACUGGACAACUCAAAUCCUCCGUAACUGUCCAACCAACACCGCCGUCUUCAUCCGUCCCGGUAAAAUCCACGGCAUCAUAACAGCCAAUCCAGAUAACAUCCAACACAUUCUCAAAACAAAAUUCGAAAACUAUCCAAAAGGUGAAAGAUUCAUCAGCCUCCUUCAAGAUUUUCUUGGCAACGGUAUCUUCAACUCCGAUGGUGAUCUCUGGAAGCUUCAGAGAAAAACCGCCAGCUACGAAUUCAACACGAAAUCGCUACGAAAUUUCAUCGUCGAAAACGUAACCGUCGAAACACAAACGAGACUCAUUCCGAUUCUAACAAAAGCAACGGAAAACAACCAGAUUCUUGAUUUGCAGAAUCUUUUAGAACGGUUUGCAUUCGAUAAUGUUUGUAAACUAGCGUUUAACGUUGAUCCUGGUUGUCUCGGCGCCGAUGUUACCACCGGAGCCGCCUCCACCACCGCCGCAGAAGCCUUCAUGCACGCGUUUGAAGAUGCAUCAAUGAUAAGUUCUGGAAGGUUCAUGUAUCUUUUACCAUUGUUAUGGAAAAUGAAAAAAUAUCUUAACGUUGGAACAGAACGGAGAUUGAAACAAUCAAUCGCAACCGUUCAUGAGUUUGCUGAUGAGAUUAUACGGUCGAGAAGGGAAGCUAAAGAAGCUGGUCAAGAUUUGUUAUCUCGUUUCAUUGGAACCGAAGAAGCUUCGCCGGAGUUUCUUCGCGAUAUUAUAAUAAGCUUUAUUCUCGCUGGGCGCGAUACUACAUCGUCCGCUUUGAGUUGGUUGUUCUGGAUUUUAUCUUCAAAAAGCGACAUUAAAGAUAAAAUAAUCGAAGAAAUUGAAAUGGUGCGUUUAAAAAGUGGAAAUAAAACGGCUUCGUUUGGAUAUGAAGAGCUGAAAGAGAUGCAUUACUUGCAAGCGGCGAUUAGUGAGACUAUGAGGUUGUAUCCGCCUGUACCGAUUGAUACUAAGGCGUGUUUGAAUGACGAUGUUUUGCCGGAUGGAACUAGGAUUAAGAAAGAUUGGUUUAUAUCUUAUCAUACUUAUGCUAUGGGGAGAAUUGAGAGUAUUUGGGGGAAAGAUUGUAAUGAGUUUAAACCGGAGAGGUGGUUGGAAAAUGAUAAGGAUGGUGUUAGUGUAUGUAGAAGUGAGAGUCCAUUUCGGUUUCCGGUGUUUCAUGCAGGUCCUAGGAUGUGUUUAGGGAAAGAAAUGGCUUAUAUUCAAAUGAAGUCUAUUGCAGCUUCUGUUAUGGAAAGGUUUGAGGUUGUUGCAUUGGAUAAAGACAAUUGUCCUGAACAUGUUUUGUCUUUGACUUUGAGGAUGAAAAAUGGGUUACCUGUGAAUGUAAAGAGAGUAAGGUAAGGGAAAGAAAUGUGUGUAUGAAGGUUUGAAGGUGUGUGUGAAGUUGUGAACUGUGGUGCUGCACAGUGCAAGUUGAUGUGUAGAUAAGAAAAACAUAUAUAGAAGUAUGCAGUUACAAAAGCAAAAGUGUUGCUAUUUUGGUUAGAUAUAAGAAUUGAAUGGUUUGCAUUUCAACUGUAUUUUGAAUCCACUUUAGCAAAGAGUAGUUAAGUUUAAUCUUGAUCUGAUAGUCCAUAAUCUUUGAAUCAAAGAGAGUUGGGCUGUGAAGAAAUGAUAUGCCAUACAUGUGAUUGUGAUUGUUCCAUCAAUGAUCUAAACUUAUAUUCAUCUUAAA